AUGACGAUACUAGAGCUUCUGAGGAGGCUGUCAAGGCCCCCAGAUACUGGAGAGGGUGGCCCUAGUCAUGAUGAUGGUGCUACCACAACUAUGAAUCCUACUGGGACCGUUCAAUCGGAAUCGGCUGCAACUUCGACGGCAACAACCAGCGAUUUAGGAGCGACAUUCUUCGGUGAAGUCUCGGCAGGGGCGACAGCAUCUACGACCCCGACAACAACUCCUACGGCAACAUCUAUCUCUACCUCUACCUCGGAUUCUAUCUCUACCUCGGAUUCUACCUCUACCACUGCAGCAGGUAGUCAUUCAGGCGGAGAGUCAACAACCACAAAGCUAGCUAUCGCUCUUCCUAUAGCCAUCGUCGGUGCUUUAGUGAUUAUGGCUAUAAUCUUCUUCCUCAUUCGCCGUCGCCGCCGAAGCCGCAAGCAAAGUGGUGCAGUCCCUUCAUCACCAGCCUACGAUACAAACGAAGGAAAAGUCAUCUCAACCACGCAGAUAAUGUCCGCACCGCCCCGAGAAUCAGCUGCAGCAGGUCUGCCCAGGUUCCCGAUUAUGGACGUUCCACGAAGUCGAGAUAGUGAGGUGUCGGCGGGACAGGUGCCGACACAUAAUGAGUCUCAUACGGAGAUGGGCUAUGGGAUGGCGGUUUCGAGGGAUCAGAUGCACAGUGCGACGGAGCAGGCUUCGCCUGUGAAUGCGGCGGGAUCGCAUAUACGUUUGCCUUUUGAGAAUCGCGGGGCUGCUGAUGAUGAUGUUGUCUCGAUUGUUUCUGAUGAGCACCGGGCUCAUGGGCAUGGUUAUGAUGAUAUGUCUUCUGUGUCGUCCUUUGAUGGGAAUAGUCCGGGAGCGAAUGACCGUCAACAUCCCUUCCGGUGA